AUGUAGAGUGAAUAGCAUCGCUUAAGUACAAAUUCAAGUGGAUCAGUCGAUAUUGGUCUACUCUUAAAAAAGUACAAAUAAGCAAACACAAAAUUGAGCCCAUUGCCUCUGGAAAAAUUUGAAUAGGUAGCUUUAGAUAGUAAUAUUGAUCUCUUGCAACAAUUGCCAGACAAUGAUCUUACCCAAUUUUUAGGGUUUAAAGAACUCAAUUAAGGGGCUGUUAGCGAAUUGAAACGCUCUUUAUUACAAUCUAAACGGAUGUGGAACAAUUAUAGUCAGUCCUUAUUUACUGAGGAAUAGUAAGAUCAGCCAAAAUAUUACACUUCUAGAAAAAUGCAAUUAAUACACAAUAGAGACACUUUUAGGCAAAUCAAAGAAAAAUACAAGAAGCAAGAAGAAACACAAAUUGAGGAAGUUAGAAAAUACUUUCAGAAAAUAUAAUCAAAAAGUCCAGGAGUCAAAUCAUAUCCUUCAAUGCAAUAUUAAGACCUAUAGAGAAUUGAAUAAAUACGCAAACAGAUAAGGUAAGGCAAUCAAAGCGAAUUAAUAACUAAAAGUAAGGAUGCUGAACAAUUAUAGAGGAGAUUAAAUGAAUCGUUAAUCAACGAAAUUAAAAUAAAGAAACAAUGUGUGUACAUCUACAAAGAUACAAAUUUAAAUUGGUAGCCAUGCUCAAGAAAUGCUAGUACAAUGCUCUCAUAUGAUCAUAAAUUAUAUUUAUACGGAGGAGCAGGAUCUAAGCAAGCAGAGGACUUUUGUUACGCUAACAUUGACAAACAAAAAUAUAAAUGGAAUCAAAUUAAACUGGACGAAAAGUCAUCUAAUGGUUAUAGAGGAAAUCAUUCAGCAGCAAUCUAUAGGAAUUUCAUGAUCAUCUUUGGUGGUGAAGUGCACUAGGUUAUCAAUGAUAAACGAAUAAGCAGUGAAAUAACCAGUGACAUUAAAAUAGUAAAUCUAAUUACCAACGAACUUAAAGUUUUAAAGUAAACAGGAAUCAUACCUCCUCGAAAAUGUCAUAUAGCCGAAGUCAUUGGAAGAAAUAUGAUUGUCUAAGGAGGGAUUGAUCUCAAGGGUUAAUAUUUAAGAGAUGUAAUUGCCUAUGAUAUAGUCACUCAAAGAUGGUCAUAAGUCUUAACAGAACAACAUGUAUGCUUUCCCGAUGGAGUUGCAUUCCACAAGUCUUGUGCAGUCUUCCAUAACACUUAAAUAGAAUUAUAUAAAAAUGAUCCUGAAGUUAAGUUUAAUUAUUAGGGAGUUUUUAUCUUCGGCGGCUUUGAUAAGAAUGGCCAUUACCUAGACAAACUUAUUAAAAUUGAUAUCACUGCUAAACCUAUCAAUUUUGAACAAGUAUAGACUAAAGGACUUUCACCCAUUGGUCGUUGUUAACAUUCUAUGAAUUAUUUAGAGUAGUAUCAAGUCAUAGUUAUUUAUGGAGGCAAGAACGAUGAUCUUAAUAUAAAUGGGUUUUUAAAUGAUAUUCAUUUGCUUGACAUGAAAUCUUUGACUUGGAUCAGUGUGGAAAUUAAAGGGUCUUAAGUUGCAGGCAGAUGUGGACACAGUGCUGCUUGUAUCGAUUCAAAGUUAUACGUUUUUGGAGGUUGUAAUUAUUCAGGUUUUCUAAAAAGUGAUCUGCUAGUAAUUGAACUAGAUCCUAUAUCAGCCUAAUAAUUUGGGUAGUAGGAUGUAGUUGUUGAAAAACCAAUAAAGUCUCAAUUAAAAGUAACAUUCAAAAAACAAAUUCAUAAAGAUCAUCUCACUGAAAUUAAAGAGAAAAUAGAUUAAAUAUGUUUAAGACCUUAAAAAUAAAGUCUCUUUUUACCGAAGCCGAGAAGAUUAAGUGAUUUACUGAACUCAUUGAAUUUGAAAGAACUUAUUUAACCAAAUUAAUAAGAAAAAGAUAGAGAUAGAGAAAAAGAUUAAUAAUAAAAAUCAAGUAGAGGUUCUAAUAGACAAUCACCAAGGAAAGAAACCCCUAGAAUGCCAAUCAAAAACAUUAAAAGAACUAUGACCACUAUUGUUAAUUCAAAUUGA